CCCCACUCCAUGUCCAUACGCCAGCCAAAGCCCAAGCAGAUCCGGCUCCCGUUCGACGUGCCGCGUCCCAAGAAGGGCGCCGAGGCGCCAGCAAGAAUAUGCGGCAUAUGCCGGCGCAACGACAGCAGGUAUACCUGCCCACGGUGUAACGUGGCGUACUGCUCGCUCGCAUGUUUCCAGGACGAGGCGCACGCGCAGUGCUCGGAACCCUUCUACAAGGCGACUGUCAUGUCACAGAUCGCGCUCGACCCCGGCGCGGGCGCCAAGGAGAAGGCCGACACGCUGGCCAUGCUGCGGCGCUUCGAGGAGGCCGCAGUGGACGGGGAGGACGCCAUGGCGGCACUGGAAGCGGAGCAGGGGGACGAGGACGACCUCGUAGCCGCACUGGACGGCAUUGAUCUCGAAAACAUCGACUCGAACGAGCUCUUCCGCCUGCUGCCCCCGGCGCACAGGGACGCCUUCCUCGCCGCCAUGCGCGACCCCGAGUCGGCAGAGACGCGCGAGCUGCUCGCCGACGCUGCGGCCGGCGGGCUGGGCGAGGCGGAGCCCGUGCCCCCCGCGCUGCCGUGGUGGGAGGCGCGGCUGGACGGACCGCGCGCCGCGUCGCCACCCCCGCCUGUGGACGCGGCUGUCGUCGACGCGAUCCAGCCGCCGCCCGGCGUCGGCCCAAAGCUCGUGUACAACGUGCUCGCUGUAGUACUGGCAUACCUCCACACACUGCUCAGCCUCCGCCUCCCCUCCCUCGACGCAGCAUACUUGGCCCAGCAAGGCGUCGAGGCCGAAGAUGUUAAGGUUGAGAUUGGCGCCCUCGUGCCGUUCCUCACCGCUCCCAAGUCGACCACCCGCUUCGAAAGUGUCGAGCAGGCCUGGGGUAGUGUGUGGGACGCGAUGCAGGCGUCCGCGCCGCCACGAGCCCUCCUCCCCCGCCUGCUGGACAUGGCCGCCCCCCUCCUCCACCCGCCCAUCACGACUGACCCCCCGCGUGCCGCGUCGGUUCUCGACGAUCUUUACCGCCUGUUCGCGCGCCCCAAGGCUGCUGCACCAGCCAAGAAGGUCGCAUUCUACCUCGCUGCCAUGCGGCAGGUACCCCGCGCCGAGUGGCUAGCAGUCGAGCGCGAAGUGAAGAAGGAUGCGGACAAGUUGCGAGAGGAGAGUGCGGAUGAGGCAGCCGCCCAGCCAACGGUUGGCGCCAGCUUGAAGCUCGAGGACCCGCCCACCGGACCACUCCCACCAGCCAGCAUUACACUGUUGUAAACUAUUGCAU